ACAUCCUACAAACCUCGCUCGGUCGUUCACAUCCCGGUGUCUGCCCCAGCCCCCCACCACCACCACCUCACUCCACUCCUCUCACAUCCAAGACCACCCCGCAGUAGCCGCCAUGGCUCUCACCGGCGGCGCCACCUCCGCGGCGUGCAUCCUCGUCCUCCUUGCGCUCGCCUCCGCAGCUGGCGCGGCCACCCCUGCCCCGGCGCCGGCGGUGGACUGCACGGCCGCGUUCGCGGGCCUCGCUGACUGCCUCGACUACGUUACGCCCGACACCAAGUCGACCCGACCCUCCAAGACCUGCUGCGGGGAGGUCAAGACCGCCGUCAACAGCCCCUCCACCGUCGACUGCCUCUGCACCGCCAUGGCGGCCAAGACAUCGCCACUACCGAUCAACAUGACCCGGGUGCUCGCCCUCCCCACCGCCUGCGGCGAAUCCCCAACCGUCUUCAGCAAGUGCAAGGUUGUGCCGGGCGGUGCAGGUACCCCCACUAAAGCACCGGCACCAGCCAGCGGUGGUGCAAUUGCUUCGCCACCAAGGACCAAUGCGGCUGCGAGGCCUGCUGUCUCCGCUACCAUUCUCGUGGUCGCGGCAACCGUCGCGGCUCCUCUGUUCGCCUUCUAUUACCUCUGAGGACCGGCUUCUCAGCCUCGCUUCAUGUUAUAUCAGACACCUUGUUACUCUUUGACAUGAGUUGUUGCGCAAUCUGAAUUUACCCUGUUCUGUUCGUCGGGAUGGGUUAUGAGUUACUGUGACCAUCAUAUGCAGUGGCCUGAAUAUUCAGUAGUUGCCAGUUAUGACAGUCUGGUGAAUUGCUAUUA